ACCAUGAGCAACCAAAACGAGGAAGAGGACGGAGAAGGCGAGUGCUUCUACGAGUCUCUUGAUCGCUUAGCCUCUUCCUCUUCUUGCUCUUGCUCAGCUUCGAACUCCGAUUACGAUUCCGACCUCGCCAAUUCGGAAUCCUCUCCUCGGAUCUCCUCCGCCGCUUCCCAUGACCCGGAAGAACCCAACGGUGAUCGCCGCCGUCGAUACCCAUUCCCCGUCCCUCGGUUUCCAAUGGGUCCCUCGAGGUUCGACGUCUGGAUCUCCGAACCCGCUUCAGUCUCCGAGAGGCGUUCGAGGCUUUUGAGCGAGAUGGGUCUCAGCCGCGAACCUGUUCACUCCCGGUUAAAACCCGUUUCCGAUCCCAGCUCCAAUGAAGCCGGAGCUUCCGACAUUUCCCGGUCGAUCUCCUGCAAUCAAUUGGCUCGACGAGAUCACGGAGCGUGUUCAGAGAGUGUCGGCGGCAGUGCUUCCUGCGUCGUGAGAUCGAAAUCCGACAUUUCCACUAGCCAAUGUGGCGAUCGUGACCGUCGACGUCCUCCGCCGGGUAACUUUUGUUCCUGUUCCGACUCUAAACCUUCACAUUUCGAGGUCAGUAGAACCAACCCGCCUUUUGUAAACUGCAAUUUCGCGCACAAUCAUGAUAACGAUGAUAAGGGUAAUCCUAAUUUCGGAUCAGUUAGUGCUGGUUCGUCAAUGGUGUGUGAGAAUCCGUUGCGCUCAAGUGGAAACUCUGACUGUGUAUUGAGAAACCCUAGCGAGAGUGAGGAGAUGGUCGAAUGUACUAUUAAGAAUCUCGAUAAUGGGAAAGAGUUUGUGGUGAACGAGGUUCAAGAAGACGGUACAUGGAAAAAAGUAAAGGAAGUGGGAACUGACACACAGAUGACGAUGGAGGAGUUUGAGAUGUGCGUGGGACAUUCUCCCAUUGUUCAGGAGCUUAUGAGAAGACAGAACGUCGAGGAUUCCGAUAAGAACGCAUCAACGAAAUCCAAGGAGAACGAAGACAGUGGAGAUAAGAACAACAACGCAUCCAAGUCUAAGAAGAAAGGAAGUUGGUUUAAGAGCAUAAAGAGCGUUGCAAGCAGCAUGACCGGUCAUAGCAAAGAGAGAAGAAGCAGCGAUGACAAAGAUACAUCAUCGGAGAGAGGUGGUCGGAGGUCGAGCUCUGCUACAGAUGAUUCCCAGGAAUCUUCUUUUCACGGGCCGGAAAGAGUUAGGGUUAGACAGUAUGGGAAAUCAUCCAAAGAGCUCACGGCACUGUACAAGACGCAGGAGAUUCAAGCGCAUAACGGUUCUAUUUGGAGCAUUAAGUUUAGUUUGGAUGGUAAAUAUCUUGCUAGUGCUGGUGAGGAUUGCAUCAUUCAUAUUUGGCAAGUCGUAGAGGCUGAAAAGAAAGGAGAGUUGUUACUAGAUAGACCGGAGUUGUUGCUUUUGGCUAAUAACGGGUCUCCGGAACCAACUGCUAUGUCACCAAGGAGAAGAGGGAGAACUUCCAUAAGUAGAAAGUCACUGAGUUUAGACAACAUAUUUGUUCCAGAUUCUGUUUUCGGGCUCUCGGACAAACCCUUUUGUUCAUUCCAGGGACAUAUUGAUGAUGUGCUUGACCUUGCUUGGUCCAAGUCUCAGCAUUUACUUUCUUCAUCAAUGGAUAAAACAGUUCGUUUAUGGAACUUGUCCAGCCAGAGUUGCUUGAAAGUAUUUUCACACAGUGAUUACGUAACUUGCAUUCAGUUUAAUCCGGUUGAUGAUAGAUACUUCAUCAGUGGAUCCUUAGAUGCAAAAGUACGUGUCUGGAGCAUCCCAGAUCGUCAAGUAGUUGACUGGUAUGAUCUUCACGAGAUGGUCACUUCUGCUUGCUACACUCCAGACGGUCAGGGCGCGUUGGUUGGUUCAUACAAAGGUAGCUGUCGCAUGUAUAGUGCUUCGGAUAACAAGCUGCAACAGAAAAGCCAGAUAAAUUUACAGAACAAGAAGAAGAAAGCUCAUCAGAAAAAGAUAACUGGUUUCCAGUUUGUGCCUGGGAGCUCAUCUGAAGUGCUUGUCACAUCAUCCGAUUCACGGAUCCGCGUUGUUGAUGGAACUGAUCUAGUUAACAAACUCAAAGGGUUUCGGAAUACUAGCAGUCAGAUCUCAGCCUCAAUCACAGCAGAUGGGAAAUACGUAGUUUCAGCGAGCGAGGAUUCACAUGUGUACAUAUGGAAAUACGAAUCCCCUGCUUCUCGACCAAGCAGGAGUAACAACAGCAAGAACGUUACGGUCACAAACACUUACGAGCAUUUCCAUAGCCAAGACGUCUCAGCAGCCAUCUCGUGGCCCGGAAUGGCCUCGACAGAGUCAGAAAACAGAGCCGGAUUUAACGGAACCACCAAUAACUUGGACGAGGUCUCCACAGCGAACCAUCCGCCUACGCCGGUGGACCAGCCGGGGACUCUGGAUCGACUGAACAGUCCACGGAACGGGAUCAUCUCGAGCGCGACCAACGGCUACUUUUUCGAUAGAAUGUCAGCGACUUGGCCUGAAGAGAAACUGUUGUUUGGAAGGAACAGAAGUGGGAAUCGUCUGAGUACGGAUUUGUCUUCGAAUGGGAUUGGGAACUCAGGGAGUGUGUCGGCUUCUUGGGGAAUGGUGAUUGUCACUGCAGGUCUCAGAGGAGAGAUUCGAGCGUUUCAGAACUUUGGUUUGCCCAUUCGGAUUUGAUCAAGUGUAAGUGUUAAAGAAAAAUCGAGUGAGGUUUGUACUAUUUUUAGCGAGCUUUUUUUUUUUAUUCUUCUGUUACAGAUUCGUUUCCAAGAAAAAAAUCGAGAGAAACUAUACUGAUCUUUGUAGAGUUUACAGACACGAACAGAGUUUAUUGAUUGGAAAUAGAAAGAAAGGAAAAAAGGAACAUUCUUUUGUAUCUCUCUACUUUUAACUUCUGUACAGCUAACCUUAAGGCCCAUUAUAAGUUGGACCCAUUUAUGUUCAUUAUUUAC